AAGAGAAAAAGAGAGAGAAAGAGAAAGAAAAAGAAAAAGAAAAAGAAAAGAAAAGGGCAAAGAAGAGGGAUGUGAAAAUGAAAACACCCACUAACUUUGAUAUAAAUUCAAAACAUUUUAAUAUGUUGUUUUGAUUUGAUUUCAAGUGGGUGUUUCUUUCUAUUAAAACCAUUUUUCUGUAUAUAUUUUCAAGUACAGAAGAAAAUAACUUAUAUUCAUAGAAUUGGAAUUCUUCUUCCUAAUAUUUUUCUUCAUCAAUGGAUCCACCCAAAUCCAGAUCCAUGAGGCUUUAUCAUCUAUGGAAGGGUAACAAUACAUUUCUUUGUGGUGGGAGAUUCGUCUUUGGUCCAGAUUCAGGAUCAUUAUUCUUGACCUCACUCCUAAUUGGAGGUCCUGCUAUAGCUUUCUGCAUAAAAAUUAUAAUGAUUCUUGGAAAAGAUGAUCCACUUGCAAACUAUGAUCCAUGCUAUUAUUCUCCAGUAUUAAUUGGUGCAGUGGUCCUUCUUAUUAUGGACUUUAUCUUUCUUUUUUUAACAUCAGGUGGAGACCCAGGAAUCAUUCCUAGGAAUUCACGUCCACCUGAUUUUGAUGAAGUAGUUGAUGUUAGCACUACAUCCAUGGAAUGGGUGAAUAGUAAGGUUUCCAACUUGAAAUUACCUCGGACAAAGGAUAUAGUUAUUAAUGGUCAUACAAUAAAAGUAAAAUUUUGUGAUACAUGUCUAUUAUAUCGCCCUCCACGAGCCUCCCAUUGCUCCAUUUGCAACAAUUGUGUACAAAAGUUUGAUCACCAUUGCCCAUGGGUGGGACAAUGUAUUGGCAUGCGUAACUACCCGUUUUUCAUAUGUUUCAUAUCAUCGUCAACAACACUAUGUAUAUAUGUGUUCGUAUUUUCGUGGAUCAAUGUUCUUAAACAGGAGGGUAAUAUCUGGAGUAUCAUGUCUCGAGAUAUUCUAUCAGUUGUUCUCAUUGUCUAUUGCUUCAUAGCUGUUUGGUUCGUCGGUGGCCUCACUGUCUUCCAUUUUUACCUCAUUUGCACCAACCAGACCACUUAUGAAAAUUUCCGAUAUCGUUAUGAUAAAAAGGAAAACCCAUUCAGGAAGGGAAUAAUAACAAACUUCAAGGAAGUGUUCUUCUCCAAAAUUCCUCCCUCGGCAAUAAAUUUUAGAGCUAAGGUUUCAGACGAUGAAGUUAGUAUAACAAUGGAUGAUCCUGACCUAGAAGGAAGCUUCAUGAAUUCAAAAGAGGACAGAUUUGACAUAGAAUCAGGAGGAGGUAAGCUUGGUAAGGAAGGCGGUGGGAUGAGAGUAACGAGUAUUUUGCAUGAUUUGGACUACCAUGAUGACAACCUAAAGAGAAAGAGAGGAGAAGGAGUGGCGGCAUUUGAACCAUUAUUUCUUCAUGUUGAUCAUCUUCAAGAUUCUUCCAGAAAUUCACAACAUAUCAGUAAUACUGUUAAAGGUGAUGAUGCUAUUGGAGAUAAAAGGAGACAAUAGCUUUUAUCUAUUUAUCAAUCUAUUGAAAGUAACUUCUUGUUCACUUCAUGUUCCUACGCAGUUUUUAUUCUAAUUAAUUAUCUAAUAUAUAUAAAUCUAGUUCAACUUAUUUCAAAUGUA